AUGUGGAAAAAUCAUUUGCUUAUCACUUCCAACAUCAUCCUCAUGUUUAUAAACUCAUUGACAUCAAUUGACAUUGAAUGCAAUUAUCAAGUAAACAGCUACACAGUUAUUGAGAGAAUCUACGAUUGUAGAGUCAACAAUAAUCCGAACAUUUCAUCUAAAAACUUAAAUGAAGUCACAUCAAUCAAUGAGUAUCAUGUAGGAUCAAGAACCAGCAAUGAUGUACUUGGGAUCUGGGCAAGCAGCAAAACUAUUCAUUAUUUUCCAACUGGAUUCGAUAAAUUCUUCAAAAAUAUCAAAGCAAUUUACAUUUACAUUUGUGGAUUGAAGGAAAUUCAUCAGUCAGACUUGAAAGUUUUUCCGAAUUUGGUUUACAUCUACUUGAGUGGCAAUGCCAUUGAAGUUAUUGAGGAUGGAAUAUUUGACUAUAAUAAAAAUCUAGAGUUUAUUGGACUGAAUGAGAAAAAUAUUAUUCAUAUUGAUUCAAGUGCGCUGAAUGAACUGGACAAGUUGAGGUACUUUCGUGGUCUGAAUGUUCCUUGUAUAGGACAAGAUGCUGUCGAUUCUAAGGAUGCUGUCAAGGAUAUUAUUGAUGUUAUUCAGAAAAAUUGUGUUUCUAUGGAAUUCAUACUGCUUAAUGAUAGACUAAAUGAAAUAGCAGAUGAGGCAAAUCCUGAUAAGCUCUUAGCACAGCUUGAAUAUUUUGAGGUGAAUUUUAAUAAUUCUAAAUUUAUGAAAUACCGUCCAUUGAAUGUAAAGCUUCAAAACCUCAAAAUUAUAGAAGUCAGCAAGACAGAGCAACAAAAAAGUAAGACAAAAUCUUCAGAUAUACAAUUAAAUGACCUGACUGACAACUCUAAAGAACUAGAUGACAAUCCCAAUUCCUGUAAAAUCUGUCAAAAUCAAUUCAUCAAAUUUGCACUCAAAACUGAAGAAAGAUUCCAGAAAAUUGAGCAAAAUUUAGCCAGCACUCGUCACAUGAUUGCAAUUAAUCUGAAUGAAAAGAUGAAGGAAGUUGAAAAGCAGUUGAUGAAGCAGCUGGAAGAAAUAUUAGAAAAAAAGUUGGACAGAGUCACAGAUGAUAGUCAAAAGGAUGACAUCGAUGUAAGGUCAGGAGUGGAAUAG